CACGCGUCGGGUCGCUUCGGGCGCGGCUCGGCCCCGCUCGGCUCGGCGCGGCUCGGACAUGGCGUGGGCCGUGCUGCUGGCUGCCGCCGCGCUGCUGGCGCCCGCCGCCGCCUGGGCACCCAGCGCCGAAGAGGAGCUGCAGUUCAAGGCCUGGAUGCUGCAGAACGAGCGGCGCUACGGCCCGGGCGAGUACCCGCGGCGGCUGCGCAUCUUCCUCGACAACAAGCGGCGGAUCGAGGAGCACAACGCCGGCAACCACAGCUUCCAGAUGGCCCUGAACCAGUUUUCAGACCUGACCUUCGCUGAGUUUAAAAAACUAUACCUGUGGAGAGAGCCCCAGAACUGCUCAGCCACAAAGGGGAACUUCCUGCGCAGCUCUGGGCCGUGUCCCGACUCCAUCGACUGGAGGAAGAAGGGAAAUUUUGUGACACCCGUGAAAAACCAGGGUGCCUGCGGGAGCUGCUGGACGUUUUCCACCACGGGGUGUCUGGAGUCUGCUAUUGCUAUUGCAACAGGAAAGCUCCUUUCUCUGGCGGAACAACAGUUGGUUGACUGUGCCCAGGCUUUUAACAACCACGGCUGCAGCGGGGGCCUGCCAAGCCAAGCCUUUGAAUACAUACUGUAUAACAAAGGGCUGAUGGGGGAGGACACGUACCCCUACCGGGCAGAGAACGGCACCUGCAAGUUCCAGCCGGAGAAGGCUGUUGCAUUUGUCAAGGAUGUUAUCAACAUCACCCAGUACGACGAGGAUGGCAUGGUGGAAGCUGUGGGGAGGCACAAUCCGGUGAGCUUUGCAUUCCAGGUGACGGCUAAUUUCAUGCACUACAGAAAAGGAGUCUAUUCCAACCCCCGGUGUGACCACACUCCUGACAAGGUGAACCACGCUGUCCUGGCCGUGGGCUACGGGGAGGCAGAUGGGACUCCCUACUGGAUCGUGAAGAACUCCUGGGGCCCACGGUGGGGCAUGGAUGGGUACUUCCUUAUUGAACGUGGCAAGAAUAUGUGUGGUCUGGCUGCUUGUGCAUCUUACCCCAUUCCUCAGGUGUAAGAGCAGGGCACAGGCUGGGGACAGGAAUGGCUGUACCUGGGGUUCUGAGCACUGAAAUGAAGAGAGAAGAUGAGAUACCGUCCUGCUGAGAGUUGUUACCUGCAGGCAGUUCUUCUGCUGGCUCACAGCUUCUUGCAGUGGGAAGAGCUGUGCCUCCUCUCCCUAGCCACAAGCAAGUGCAUGUAGGGGGGCUGCUCAGAUUGGGAAAUGCCAUGACUGGGAGAUGCUGCCCAAGCAGAGCUCAGCCCUCCUGCAGCUGCCCCUUCCCUGCCCACAGAUAGAACUUCCUCUGGGCACUUUGUUUUCUUCUUCGAAGGUGAUUUUUCCUUUCUCCAGAGAAGGAUGAGUGCUGUGAUUUAAAAGUCUUAUCUUUUCUAAUUAAUUGGUUUUCUAGUAUUUUUUUAAUUAAAAAAUAGGGUAUUUUGAUGCAAACAGAGAAGAAAUGGAUGACUGUCUUCUGUGCUCAGUGAAGCAAGCCAGCAGCUGCUUGCAAAGAGCUCACAACCCCGUGCAGGCAGGAGCUGGGUUGGUCAUUAUCUCGCGGUAAAACCUGCCACAGACUGAAUAAAGACACCUGAUCCCCA